AAAAAGAGAAAACAUUGGGGAGGGAGGAGAGGGAGGGAACUGGUGAGGAAGAGGAAGGAAGCGCUGGCCUAUAUAAAGAAAGAGAGUGGAGCAAGAGCAGAGAGGAGUGGUUUGUGAGAACAUUUAGGUGACCAACAGAGCCUGAACUGUGCAGUGACAGGAGCCGCUUGUGUGUGUGUAUGUGUGUGUGUGCAUUUGUAUUCCCAUGCAGGUGAAAAUAUAGUGUUUGUAAAUCAUCUGCUUGUGUGUGAGUGUGUGUUGGAACAUGCCAGGGUUUGUGAACAGCUCGAAGGUGCAACGCAGCCUCACCUUUGCUACGGGUCUGGUGGAGUGUCUGUGUUUUGCUGGAGCUGUGUUCGGAUGGGCCUCGCUUGUUUUUGUCCUGAAGAAGGAGGACUACUUCAGCUCUCUGUGUGUCAACACCACAGUCAAUGCAACGCAGGUCUUAGAUUGCAGCGGACAGGAUGAGCAGUUCUCCCUUGUUUUCACCAUCGCCUCGUUUAUGAACAACUUCCUGACGCUGCCCAAUGGUUUCCUCUUUGACCAGUUUGGUACCACAGUGGCUCGUCUCUUUGGAAUAUGUCUUUACACCCUGGGUUCUUUGCUGGUGGCCUUCUCGAGUGCAGCUUUGUCAAACAUGCUCUUCCCUGCUCUCUCCUUCCUGGCAGUGGGCGGCAUCCUGUUUCUAAUGACCAACAUGCAGGUCGGAAACCUGUUCGGCUCACGUCGCUCCACCAUCAUCACUCUCUACAAUGGCGCCUUCGACUCCUCAUCAGCACUCUUCCUUGUCAUCAAGCUGCUACAUGAGGCUGGCGUCGCUCUCCGCUCUUCCUUCCUCUUCCUGUCUGUCUGUAGCUUCAUUCACCUGCUCAGGACUUUCUUCCUGCUGCCCAGAGACCACAUUCCCUACCCGCUGCCUGAUGACUACACAUACGGGAUAACCUGCGGUAAAUCAAAGAGUCUGAGCUUAGAGCAGACAGCAGCCAAUAGUAACACACUGAAGAUAACGGAGGAAACGCCCCUCAGGGAUGUCACUGUGAAACAAGAGAAGAGUUUCCGUGAGUGUUUGAUGUCCAGGUUCUUUGCGUGGCACCUGCUCUGGUUGUCUGUGAUGCAGCUCAGACAUUACCUCUUCAUCGGCACCCUCAACCCGAUGCUGCAGCGGCUGACGGAGGGAGAGCCCUCACUGGUGAGCCAGUACACCAAUGCCUUUGCUAUAACGCAGCUGUGUGGCGUGCUGUGUGCUCCCUGGAACGGCCUCAUCAUGGACAGACACAAGGGCAAACCUCGUGCUGAAGGAGUGAGCGAAAAGGAAGCAGACCUGCGGGCCUCGGUGCUUUCUCUCUUCCUGACGGCACUGCAGUGCGUGUUGUUCUCAGUGUGUGCCUCCACCCCGUACCUGCCGCUUCAGUACCUCACCUUCAUCCUGCAGGUUAUCAACCGCUCCUUCCUCUACGGCGGCAAUGCAGCCUUCAUCAGUGUGGCCUUCCCGUCGUGCCACUUUGGGAAACUGUAUGGUCUGGUCAUGGCUCUGUCUGCAGUGUUUUCUCUGCUGCAGUAUCCCUGCUUUGCCCUGGUGAAAGGCCCUCUGGAGGGAGACCCUUUAUAUGUGAACAUUGGUCUGACGCUGCUCAGCCUGCUCGCCUUCAUCCAUCCCAUUUCUGUCUACCUGCACUGUCGAAGACUUGCAUCCCAGCGAGCCAUCAAUGCCUCCUCUUAAAGUCUCAUGUCAUGUGAGACUCACUUAAAAAUGCCCUUAAUAUUACUUAAUGACACUAUUACCUCUUUGGCUUGUUUGAUUUAUUAAUUGUGCUUGUGUGGCUGUGUUGUGUUGUCGUAUGUAUCAUCACAUGCUUGUAAAGGCAUUUCAGGUUGCAGUGAAGUGUGGUUUUGGGUACAAUCUCGGUGCAUUUGCCACAUUCUCACAUAUCAUGUUCACAGCCAAACUGAAUGUAUUCAUAAUUAUUAAGAGCUUCUGGUUUACCUCUUGUAAGAUUUCCAGGAUAUAUCAUUUUAUUUUCACUUUUAGAUUAAUUUUUUUACACUCUUUUACAGUUUGAGUGUGUCACCUGAUGCUGCUGAUGAGCUUUUUGGAAACAAAUCCUCAACAGCUGCCAGCUUUGUCUGUUUUUACAGUUAAAAUUCCUCGUGCUUGCUGCUUCUGAUGACUGAGACAUGUUUUAUGUUUCUUUUUUCAUGUAAGCUCAUAUUUUAAUUUUAAUUCUGGACAUUUUUUUUUGAAUAUAUUCUGUGUCAUACUAGCCAUCUAUUACAUCAUGUUUACGGUGGUUUCACAGUACCAAAAGAUAACAAACUGUAUUGUCAAAGCUGAAAAAUUUACAGGUAAUGUUCAUGUCAGUAUUCAGUAGUAUUUUUCUCUAACUGUAUGUUUUUGUCUACCUUGAAAAUAGAGCAUGGGAUCAAGGAUGUGUGGAAGGAAAAAGCUGAAUGUAGUCAUAGUGUAAGGGACGAUUGGGGCUCAGAAUCACAAAUGUCAGUUUGUGUUGUUUUAAUGGAUCGAUCAGUGAGUGAUAACCCAGGCAGCCUCUCUGUCGGGACAAAGGUCCUGUUUGCUUGCUAACAUGGCACUGAUGUCUCUGCACUGACUGCAUGUGAGUUCACUCAGAUACAUCAAAUAGAGCAGGCGACACAGCUCUGCCAUCUGCUGGCCUCUCAGUGUAGCUCUGAGCUACUGAUGUCACUGUUGAGCCAAACAUAAACAAACAGGAGACUGAGCUCCUUUUAUGUUUUCAUUGUUUCUGACAUAUGAAGUCUCAGAUGUUCAGUGUGUCUGUGUAGUUCAGUAGGAUUCUGUUUUCCAUUAAAAAAAGGAAAUAUG